AUGAAGCUUAACGUUUGUGUUGUUGUGGGGUUGACUGCCAUCUGUCAAGCCGAACAGCUCUCAGUAAUCCCCAUCAAUGAGACGACAUGUCACUCUCUUCCGAAGGCUUCUUCGAUUGAAGUCAUGCCUAAAAAUGUGACUACAGCUCACUCAACUCUCAAGCCUUCGUCAAUUGGAGUCAUUCCCAUCGACGUGGUGACAGGCCACUCCCUCCUCAAACCCUCGCCAAGCCAAGCCCCAUCCAACUACACAUGCACGCAUGAGGACACGAACAAACCAGCCACCGACAACCGCCCGGCUGAAGUCCCGUACUGGGGCUUUAAGCAAAGCUGCACCGAAAUCCACGGCGACGGAGGCGAAGCAGCAGUUAUUUGGGCCUGCUGCGACACGACCCACGGCUACGGCAUCCAGAAUCGGUUUCGUCUAGGCCAGUGUAUCGAGAACGCGCGCGGGAAGCUAAUCCCGCGCAAGAAUGGGGGUUUCUGGCGCACGUGUGAGGAUUGUGGGCUCAAGGAUCCAGAGAGGCCGACCGUGUAUAGCUGCAAGUGCUGGCCUAUGCCUAGGCAUGGGGCGAAGCAUGAGCGUGUGGAGGCUGAGAUCGAGUUGAACGACUUUAUCGGUAACGACCAUGGCAAGUUGGUUUGCUUCGGCGUCAGGGAACAGCGCUACUGGGGAAAUUGCACCAACAACUUUCCUUGGGAUAAGUAG